AUGGAAGUUGUCAGAUCUUCCUCUGUUACACCAAUUCAUAUCCCAACUUCCACAAGCAAAAAAGGUUUCACCAAACCCAAAUUCUUGAAUGUUCAGUUUCAUCCAAUACCCGGUUCAUCUUUCUUAAGAAUCUACAAGAAAACAUCACCAAAAUCCAAGCUUUUCACAACCAUAUCAUCAUCACCAUCCUCUGUUUCAACAGGAACACAUGAGCCAGAACUUGAAGCUGACUCUCAAGCAGAGAAGUUUGAUUGGUAUGCACAAUGGUAUCCGGUUAUGCUAGUUUAUGAUUUGGACAAGAGGGUGCCACAUGGAAAAAAGGUAAUGGGUCUUGAUAUUGUGGUGUGGUGGGAUAGGACUGAGAGUACAUGGAAAGUCUUUGAUGAUGCUUGUCCUCAUAGACUGGCUCCAUUAUCUGAAGGAAGAAUUGAUCAAGCAGGAAGGUUGCAGUGUGUGUACCAUGGUUGGUGCUUCAAUGGCUCUGGUGACUGCAAGUUCAUCCCUCAAGCUAAACCAGAUGGUCCUCCAAUCCACACUUCCAAGAAAGCAUGUGCAGCAGUUUAUCCAAGCACAGUGCAUCAUGACAUGGUGUGGUUUUGGCCGAACUCCGAUCCACAAUACAAAGAUAUCAUUACCAAGAAGCAACCUCCCACCAUCCCAGAAUUGGAUGAUCCAUCAUUUUUCAAGUUAACUGGUUGUAGAGAUAUUCCUUAUGGAUAUGAAGUCUUGAUAGAAAACCUGAUGGAUCCUGCUCAUAUUCCCUAUGCACAUUAUGGAAUUAUGAAAACACAACCACCAAAAGUGAAGGCGGAUAGAGAAGGGGGCAGCCCGGUUGAAUUGAGUGUUACGAAACUAGGCCUAGAUGGUUUCAUUGGAAAUCAAGAUCAGUUUGGUGCUAGUAAAUUCUUCGCACCAUGUACCUCUUAUGCUUCCGGCAAUCCUGUGGUUGAUCAAGUUGAUAACGUUGCUUCAUCUGCUGGAAGAGAAAAGGCAAACAUUUACUUGAUAGGAGACGAGCGCAAGAUCAUGGAUAUCGGCCCUGCCAACUGGCAAAAGGCCUGUUUUGUGCCAACAAAAGCAGAUGCCUUUGUGGUUGGUUUCAGAAGAUGGUUGAACAAGUAUUCUGGUGGUCAAGUUGAUUGGAGGGGGAAGUACAGUGGGGCUCUUCCCCCAACUCCUCCUAGAGAGCAGCUGUUGGACAGGUACUGGUCCCAUGUGGUAAACUGUCCCAGUUGCAAUGCGGCAUAUAAGCGUCUCAAUGCACUAGAGGUGAUUCUGCAGGUUGCUUCUCUAGCUCUCAUUGGGAUUGCUGCUGCAACCAAGCACAACGUCAAUACAAUGGUUGCAAUGGCAGUAGUAUGCUUUGCAGGUUCUAGAUGGUCGGCUCACUUCAUCUACAAAACCUUCCACUACCAUGACUACAAUCAUGCUUUUCGCUAA